AUGGAGGGCGAACCCUCCCGCAUCCCCGUCUACGGCGCGUUCCACCGCGCCGGCCCGCCCGCAGAAAUUCAAAUGGCUUUUCCUUCAAAGAAACAAUGCGUCAGCAAAACAGCAGAUCUAGAGUUCAGCAAAGAUCCCAAUUUUAACUUCAGCUCAAACAUUCCAGCAGACGGUGUCUUCAAAGCCACAAACCAAGGGUUGCCUAAAUCUGCCAAGAAAGUGGAACCACUUUCAAAGAAGACAGCUACAAGAGGACCUCUCAACAGAUAUAAACUAGAAACAGAGCUGAAGACCAAGAAUCAGCUGUUGGAAACAGCCAAACAACAGCUACACUCCAGACUAACAGGAGCACAGGGCACUAUAAAGGAGUUAAAGGAGGAAAAUGAAGGCCUGGUACAAGAAGUUGAGAAGCUCAAGAAAUUUCAGGAGACUUGCAUGGUGAUUUUAGAAAGCAGAAACAUUGAUCCUGUUACAGGCAGUAACAUUUUGGAGGAGGAAGAAAAGACCCAGGAAUGCCAGAAGCAGACGAUGCUGUUAACCAAGAAGCUCAUAGAAGAAUUGAGGCUAUUUAAUCAAACAGCUGCAAAAGAAAAGGAGGAGCUUCAGACAGCGAUGGCUAAGUGGAAAUCAGCAGAAGAAGGGAGAUGCCGGUCCCUGGAGAAGCAUUCAUCCUUUCAAGCAGAAAUUAAGGAAUGUUCAGCAAUACUUGAUGAGUUGGAGCUGCUCCUGGCUAUGUGAGGCGC